AUGUCCCAGCACCUGCUUCUCCCACUUGUGAUCCUUGCCAUAAGCCCCAUCCCAGGAGCCUUCCAGGACUCAGCUCUCAGUCCUACCCAAGAAGAACCUGAAGAUCUGGACUGCGGCCGCCCUGAGCCCUCUGCCCGAAUCAUGGGGGGCUCAGACGCGCAGCCGGGCACCUGGCCGUGGCAGGUGAGCCUGCAUCAGGGCGGGGGCCACAUCUGCGGGGGCUCCCUCAUCGCCCCCUCCUGGGUCCUCUCAGCCGCUCACUGUUUCGUGACGAACGGGACCUUGGAGCCCGCGGCCGAGUGGUCGGUAGUGCUGGGCGUGCACUCCCAGGACGGGCCCCUGGAAGGCGCGCACGUCCGCGCGGUGGCCGCCAUCCUGGUGCCGGACAACUACAGCGGCGUGGAAAGGGGUGCCGACGUGGCCCUGCUGCGCCUGGCCUCUCCCGCCAGGCUGGGCCCCGCCGUGCGGCCCGUCUGCCUGCCCCGCGCUUCGCACCGCUUCGCUCACGGCACCGCCUGCUGGGCCACGGGCUGGGGGGACAUCCAGGAGGACGACCCCCUGCCUCUCCCCUGGGUGCUACAAGAAGUGGAGCUAAGGUUGCUGGGAGAAGCUGCCUGUCAGUGUCUCUACAGCCGGCCUGGUCCCUUCAAUCUCACUUUCCAGCUAUUGCCAGGGAUGCUGUGUGCUGGCUACCCAGAGGGCCGCAGGGACACCUGCCAGGGAGACUCUGGGGGGCCCCUGGUCUGCAAGGAAGGUGGCCGAUGGUUCCAGGCGGGAAUCACCAGCUUUGGCUUUGGCUGUGGACGGAGGAACCGCCCCGGAGUCUUCACUGCUGUGGCUCCCUAUGAGGCAUGGAUAAGGGAACAGGUGUUGGGCUCAGAGCCUGGCCCUGCCUUUCCCACCCAGUCCCCGGAGCCCCAGUCAGGUCUCCCCGAGCCCACGGAUGAGAACUGCACCAUCGCCCUGCCAGAGUGUGGGAAGGCCCCGAGGCCAGGGGCCUGGCCCUGGGAAGCCCAGGUGAUGGUCCCAGGAUCUAGACCCUGCUAUGGGGCACUGGUAUCUGAAAGCUGGGUCUUGGCACCUGCCAGCUGCUUUCCGGGCCGCAUCAGCUCAGACCUCCCACCCCGCGACCUGGACGACUGGCGUGUGAUGCUGCCCUCGCGCCCGCGCGCGGAGCGGGUGGCACGCCUCGUGCCGCACGAGAACGCCUCGUGGGACGACGCCUCGAACCUGGCGCUGCUGCAGCUGCGCGCGCCCGUGAACCUGAGCACGGCCCCGCGGCCAGUGUGCCUACCCCACCCAGAACACUAUUUCCUGCCUGGGAGCCGCUGCCGCCUGGCUCGCUGGGGCCACACGGAACCAGCGCCCGGAGCCGGUUCGCUGCUUGAGGCGGAGCUGUUGGGCGCCUGGUGGUGUCAUUGCCUGUACGGCCGCCAGGGGGAGUCAGUGCCGCCGCCGGGAGAGCCGCCGCAAGCUCUCUGCCCCGCCUACCAGGAGGAGGAGGUGGCGGGCCGCUGCUGGAACUACUCUCAUUGGAGCCUUCUAUGCCGGGAAGAGGGGACCUGGUUCCUGGCUGGAAUCAGAGACUUACCCAGUGACUGCCUGCGUCCCAGAGCCUUCUACCCGCUGCAGAGCCACGGCCCAUGGAUCAGCCAUGUGACUCGGGGAGCCUACCUGGAGGACCAGCUUGCCUGGGACUGGGGCCCUGAGGGGGAGGAGACUGAGACACAAACUUGUCCCCCUCACACAGAGCAUGGCGCCUGUGGACUGCGGCCAGAGCCGGCUCUGAUGGGGGUCCUGUGGCCCUGGCUGGCAGAGGUGCAUGUAGCUGGAGAGCGAGUCUGCACUGGGAUCCUCGUGGCCCCAGGCUGGGUCCUGGCAGCCACUCACUGUAUCCUCAGGCUGGGCUCUACAACAGUGCCUUAUAUUGAAGUGUACCUGGGCCGGGCUGGGGCCGGCCCCCUCCCACAGAGCCACCAGGUGACCUCAGCCCCUCCGCUCCUGUGCCAGACUGAGGAAGGCUCCUGGGUCCUUGUGGGCAUGGCUGUUCGAGGCAGCAGGGAGCUAUUUGCCGCCAUCGGACCCGAAGAGACCUGGAUCUCCCAGACAGUGGGGGAGGCGCAUUUCCUGCCCCCCAGUGGCUUCCCCCACUGGCUCCCAGAAGGCGGCGACCUCUGUCCCCCUGACAUGGCCAGGGCCUCAGGUUCCCCUCGAGCUGCUCUUUUCCUGCUGCUACUGACCCUCCUGAUCCAGGGCUGAGAGGGCCUGGGUCCCCGGGCCACCUCCCCUUUACCUCCCCCACCCCCUCCAGCCCUCUACUUCCCAUCUGGUGGGGCUGGAAUGUGGCCCAGCCGGCUCUGUUCCCUUACCCAGAACCUCCAGAGCGCCCCACCCACCUAGACUGCAGCGGCUUCAGACAAUUGGGCCUCAGUGCCCAGCUAUUUUGGGCCCUGGCAUGCUUGAGGGCAGGGGGAGCCAGCGGACCACAAAGGUGUAAACAGAGACACAGGUGGCCUUGUGGCACUGCUGGGGGCAGGCUGAGGGACCGGGGGGAAGCCCCCGGGAGAGGGCCUCUCCCUCCUGGGCCUGUGUGAGUCAGGCCUUGGGCUCCCAGAAAAUGUAUCCCUGAUAAUGUGGCAUCUGUCCCUCAUUCCUGCCCCAGGGCGGGGGAGGUCGAGUGGCCAGCUGGGUGUGUGUCACCUCCCCAGUGGAAUCAGCAUCCCCAGCACGCACCUGCCCGACACCUCAGCCCUAGCUCUCUUGGACCCUGCUGCCCCUCCCCCCAGAGCAAGAAGGACUGAGGGUGAGGGUCAGAGGAAGGGUCCAGGAGUCUGGGAAUCCAGGGUCUGUCUGCCAUACCCUCUACCCGCACGGAGCCUGCCCCCCACACACACCCUGAUGAAUGGUGCCCCAGGGUGUUCACCUCCAGUGUCCCCAGUACACACACAUGACACCUGUACUAUUCAGGGGUCCACCACAUCCUGCCCAGUGCCCCCAGGGUUUGGGCCCCAUCAAGAGUCCCCUGUAUGUACAUAUCACUACGUCCGCCCACUCCCACUUACCAGUGCACCUCCCUGCAUUCAUUCCACCACGUUCCCUGCUCACUGCUAAGUCCCGGCACAGCUUGGGCCUUGACGAGCCCAUGAAGUGCUCCCAACCUGGUGGGGAACACAUGGACUGGGGAUCAGGAACAAGUCAUAGAGGAGGUUCUAGCAAAGAAUAAGGGCAAAGGGAGACCCAUCCGGGGCAGGAGGGGUGCUUGGGGUGGAAACCAGCCGCUGAGGGUGGCAGGGGGGUCACCUCUGGGGCUGGGGUCACCAUCUCUGAGUUGAGUAGGCAGAAGGUUGGGCAGGGGAGACCUUACAGGGAAGCUGGAAGUUCUUGGGAGAUUGAGAAGAUGGGCAGAGGUUCUUAAAGGCCCUGGCUAAUCUUUUUUUUUUUUUUUUCCUUUGGCCGCACUGCAUGGCAUGCAGGAUCUUAGUUCCCUGACCAGGGAUCGAACCCCUGCCCCCUGCAGUGGAACACAGAGUCCUAGCCACUGGACAGCCAGGGAAUUCCCGGGCCUGGCUUAUCUUCAGCUGCCAGAUCCCAAAGAGAAUAUUCCCCUGCAUCUGUCUCCACAGGGACAUACACCCCUACCUGCUCCCCAUGAGGCAGGAGAUAGAUGGGCCCCAGGCUAAGUAGCUGGAGUUUGUCCCUUGUGGGCAGAUACUCCAAGAUGAAGAGGAGGAGGAGCUAAGCCCUGCCCAGAUAAGAGACCAUAUAUUUCUCGUUCUCGAGGUCAAGGAGACCUUCCCGGCUAUACAUGCGCAGAAAGGCUCCUCAGAGGUCAAAAAGGAGGGGGUGCCACCCCACAGCAAGUGAUGCCAACCUAUCCAUAGACCUCUUUGCUAGAAUCCGUCUUGGCUAAAAGUUGCACACACACACGUGGGAGGACCCUGAGGUAAACCAAGUAUGGACUCAGAGGCAGAGAAAGCAAGAUGAUUGGCCAAAGGAAACCCGGAAGAAAUGCCCCACAUAAGUGAUUCAAACUACCCACGAGGGCGCGACUCUCUCUCUGAGUCCACCCGUGUGUCUAUCCACACGUACCCUUUUUCCUCCUAAUAAACACUUUACUUGUUUCACUACUUUCCGUCUCUUUGUGGAGAUUCAUUUCUACACAGCUGACGGGACAGGGCCUUGUCACUGGCCACUGGUCCUGUGGUGGUCUAGUGGCUAGGAUUCAGCGCUCUCACUGCCACGGCCUGACUUCAGUUUCUGGCCAGAGAACGGAAAUCCUGCUUCAAGCCGCUGCAGGCCGAGGCCACGCAAGAUCACCCAUACCCAGUCAGUCACUCGUAUGUCAUCCCCCACAAACAUUUAAUAUACCCUGUCCUCUACCCAAACCCACCCACAGUGUCCAGGGUCUUCCCCCUCCACCCCAGCUUAGACCCC